UGAGCCCCGCAUGGCCAGGGCCGGGGGUGCCUGUCCUCGGGCGCCCCCCUUGGCGCUCUCCCGGGCCGAGUGGAUGCGCGCCGCCUCGCGCGCCCUCCCCGCCGCGCCAUGACUUUUGCCCGGUCCCCGCCGUCGGUGGUGGUGCUGAACGUGGGGGGCACGCGCUACUUCCUGUCCCGGGAGGUGCUGAAGGACUUCCCCUUGCGGCGGGUGAGCCGCCUCCACGGCUGCCUCUCGGAGCAGGAGGCGCUGGAGGUGUGCGACGACUACGACGGGGAGCGCAACGAGUUCUUCUUCGACCGCCACGCCGAGGCCUUCGGCUUCAUCAUGCUCUACGUGCGCCACGGGCGGCUCCGCUUCGCGCCCCACAUGUGCGAGCUCUCCUUCUACAACGAGAUGAUCUACUGGGGCCUGGAGGGCGCCCACCUGGAGGACUGCUGCCAGCGCCGCCUCGACGACCGCAUGUCCGACACCUACACCUUCUACUCCGCCGAGGAGGCCCUCCAGGCCGAGGGGUGGAACAGCAGCGGGAGCAGCAAAAGCAGCUGCCAGCACCAGCCCGCCCACCUCGGCGGGGAAAGCGAGGGCGGGCCCCCUCCCGCCGGCAGCAGCAGCACGGCCGAGAAGAAGUGGCUGGAGAGGAUGAGGAGGACGUUUGAGGAGCCCACCUCCUCCUUGGCCGCCCAGGUCCUGGCCACCAUCUCCAUCCUCUUCGUGGUGGUCUCCAUGGUCGUGCUGUGUGCCAGCACCAUGCCCGAGUGGCGGGCGGCCGAGAACCGAAGCAUGGAGGAGAACAGCAGGUACACAGCAGACUCACUCAGGGAGCCUUCAGGGAUAAUUGAAGCAAUCUGCAUAGGCUGGUUCACUGCAGAGUGCAUUGUGCGGUUCAUCAUCUCCAAAGACAAGUGUGAGUUUGUCAAGAGGCCUUUGAAUGUCAUUGACUUGUUGGCGAUCACUCCCUACUACAUUUCUGUGCUGAUGACAGUGUUUACAGGGGAGAAUUCAGAGCUUCAGAGGGCUGGAGUCACCUUGAGGGUCCUGCGGAUGAUGAGGAUUUUUUGGGUGAUUAAACUUGCCCGUCACUUUAUUGGCCUUCAGACUCUCGGCCUGACUUUAAAGCGAUGUUAUAGGGAGAUGGUGAUGCUCCUGGUCUUUGUUUGUGUGGCAAUGGCAAUCUUCAGUGCACUCGCCCAGCUCCUUGAACACGGGCUGAAAAUAGGAAAACCCAACGAAGGCUACUCCAGCAUCCCAGCUGCCUGCUGGUGGGUCAUUAUCUCAAUGACUACGGUUGGAUACGGCGACGUGUGCCCUGUUACAAUACCCGGAAGGAUUCUUGGAGGGAUUUGCGUGGUCAGCGGGAUUGUGUUGCUGGCUCUGCCUAUUACAUUUAUUUAUCACAGCUUUGUGCAAUGUUAUCAUGAGCUCAAGUUUCGGUCCGCUAGGUACGGCAGGAGCAUUUCAGCAGAAUUCUUAAAUUAACAAAUAGCACAAUUGCAGUUUGCAGUAGCACCUAAUAUAGUGACUGAUCAAUUGAGUGUGGAGAAAUGCCUUUUGCCCUCUCCACCUCAGGCAUGGCCACUUGCUCCUUGCCCGAUUGUAGCUAAAAAUGACACGGGUGGAAACAAGGAUAAAAGUCUUAAUUUCUCUAGUCUUGUCAAGCAUUAACGUUUGUACUCCUUGAGCAUUUCAGGAGAUGUGCACUGUUCAAAGUGAAGUACAUAUGUUUGUUUUUUAAUCCUUGACUUUUUGAAAUGUAAAUUUUAAUUUCACAUUUUUUUUCUGGUAGUUCAUUUGAAUUGGACACAAGUUUAGUUAACCUAAAAAGUAUAUCCAUUGAAAUCUAUGGACCAUAAACAAUUAUGGUGGGCCUUUGGUUUCUGCUGACAGUUGGUUCCAAGACCCCCAUGGAUACUAACAUCCAUGGAUGUCAAGUUCCAUUAUAUACAACAGCACAGUAAAAUGACAAAAAUAAGGUUUGCUUUCCACAUUUUUUGGAAUAUUUUCAAGCCAUAAGUGGCUGAAUCUGUAGAUCCAGAAUCUAUAGAUAUGGAGUGUUGAUUGUACUAAAGUCAAACAAUAGCCCUAUGGAUUUAACUGUGUCACUUUAAGGCAGCAAUGAGAAGGCUAGGGGAUUGCAUUGGCCCUCAGGAGACUUUCCUGGGCUUAAAUUGAUUGGGGGGGGGAUGUGGUGUAAAUGCACCCCAUGGCCCUUAAUGCACUCUAUGCCUUUUAGUGGACAUCUUGAAGCAUUUCACAGCAAUUUUCGGAGAACAAAUUGUGGAAAAAAUGUUUUUGCCCAUGGUGGUGGCUCCAAACAUUUUUGGAAUGCCAUCAAUGCCCUUAGAAUGCAUAUGAGGUAAAAAAAAGUUGAUUCUUGGGGUCUAUAAAAACCGGCACCCUUUGCCCACACCUGAUUUAAGCAUAAACAACCUGGAUCCGACCAAGUAACCAGAAUGUGCUCCCAGGUUGGCUAGAUGGGAUUUAUUUAGUUUCAAAUAGUGGCUUCUUGCAUCUUAUGAAGGAAAAUAAAACUGCUCUUCUGGGAUGAGAAAAAUGAAUAAUCCAGCUUGCUUUGACCAACUCAUUGGACAUGCCAGUAAAUGUUUCUGGAAUACAUCAUUUGUCGGUAAAUUGUGAUUAAUGGAAUCUUUGCUAAUGUAUUUAGGGGAGGUAUAGAAUGGUGUAGAAAAUAUGGGUUGUUCCUCCUCCUCCUCCUUCCCCAAGUCAUUCUGUUUUGUUAGGUCAGACAUCAAAC